AUGAAUGAUGCGAAUAAUUUAAUUGCCAACGAAGCAAAAUCGGUUGUGCAAGCGCAUUUAGAUCGUUUAGGUGAACCUAAGGACAAUAGUCUGAGUCCAGCGGUAAAACAGCAGAAGUUUGCGCAAAUUAAAGCUGAGUUGCAAAAAAACAAUGCUGUUUUGGUGGCACAUUAUUAUUGUGAUCCAGAUGUACAAGAACUUGCGGAAGCGACAGGUGGUUGUGUUUCUGAUUCUUUGGAAAUGGCACGUUUUGGACGUGAUCAUGAGGCAUCUACUCUGGUGGUCGCUGGGGUUAAAUUUAUGGGAGAAACCUCAAAAAUUCUUUCUCCUGAAAAAACAGUACUUAUGCCAACUUUGGAAGCAACCUGUUCGCUUGAUCUCGGUUGUCCUGUAGAUGAAUUUACCGCAUUUUGUGAUGCGCAUCCUGAGCAUACUGUUGUGGUCUAUGCCAAUACUUCAGCAGCAGUUAAAGCACGUGCAGAUUGGGUGGUGACUUCAAGUUGUGCUGUAGAGAUCAUUGAACACUUAGACAGUUUGGGCGAGAAAAUUAUUUGGGCACCAGAUCAACAUUUAGGCCGUUAUAUUCAAAAGAAAACCGGUGCUGAUAUGUUGCUUUGGGAUGGUGCUUGUAUCGUGCAUGAAGAGUUUCGUGCCCGUGGUAUUGAAAAGAUGAAAGCGCUGUAUCCGAAUGCAGCUGUAUUGGUACAUCCUGAGUCACCAGAAUCCGUGAUUGAUAUUGCGGAUGCGGUGGGAAGCACCUCACAACUGAUCAAAGCAGCUCAAACAUUGCCACAAGACACUCUAAUUGUGGCUACAGACCGUGGUAUUUUCUAUAAAAUGCAACAAGCUGUACCGCAUAAGACCUUGAUUGAAGCACCUACAGCAGGUGAGGGUGCAACGUGUCGUUCUUGUGCGCAUUGCCCGUGGAUGGCAAUGAAUGAAUUAGAUGUUUUGCAAAAGGCCGAUCAAGAAAUAUUCGUAGAUGCUGCUUUGGCUGAACGUGCUAAAUUACCUUUAGAUCGUGUUGACGUCUUGUGGCGUCACGCCUAG